AUGUUGGGCGUACACAAUACUGUGCAAAUUGCUUUGCUUCGUCCUGUUUCUCCUACAUUGACUUGUACCGAUCAUCAAACCAAUGAGCAUGUCAUUGACAACCAACACGAGCAUCUUGGUUCAUCUUGGCAGAGCAAUGAUAUCAAACAUGACGCGAACAGUAGUAUGCGAAUUGGAACACAAGACAUGAUGGACAAUGACAACCAAGACGGACAAGAGUAUCGCAAUAGUACAAUAGAUCGCCAGCCAAGUGAAUCUCUGAUCGAAAUUGAAAUUGACAGAGAUGCCAUUGUAUUGUCCAUCAAAAAAAACUUGGAACUCAGAGACAAGCUAUCUUUACGAAACUCAAUGCUACAAUACAAGCUGAGCGAGUAUUUUAAAAAAAAAAGGACCGACGACACACGCGACGGAGAAAAAAGUGUAUCAGAUCAAGAGCAGCGAUACGCCAACUGCAUGUCAUCCCUCAAUGAACUCCGAACAGAAUACAAUUCAAUAAACAUUGCAAAUCAAAAAUUUAUUGGCGAAUACAAAGGCAAGCUUGAGGAAAGACUAGACGAAGUGACGACCAAAGCGGACGAGUUUUGGAAAUAUAAGCGAUCGAUUGCUCUCGAUGCUGAAAACUCUCGCACGGGUAAACCUCUUCCAACUAAAAUAGUAGACCAACUCGAAUCUACUGAACGCAAAAAGGAAAACGAGGUGGUGGCAGUUAGACUAGAUAAUAUUAAGUUGAGGAACAAGCUUCGACGACACGAGCAACUGCUCCGCCAAAAAGAGGAGCUUGCGGAUGGACUUCAUUUGAUUGAUUUUGAGCAGUUGAAAAUCGAAAACCAAACGUAUAAUGAAAAAAUCGAGGAACGUAACGAGGAGCUGCUCAAACUUCGUAAAAAAAUCACGAAUGUUGUCCAGGUGUUGACACAUGUCAAGGAAAAGCUUCAAUUUGUUCAGGGUGAACCGUUGAUUUAA